AUGGACACAACAGCAAAUCAAGCAAAACAAUAUUCAUUUAUCGAACGAAGUUAUCGUUCGAUCUUUGUCAGCUAUCUUACUUCUUCAACAACACAUGGACUUAAAUGUAUUGCUGAAGCUUACAGUACAUCAAAUCGAAUACUUUGGAUAUGUAGCUUUAUGUUUGCUCUUGGUUGGAUGUUAUUUUUUAUUAUUUCAUCCGGAAUACAAUACUUGUCUUAUCCAACACAAAUUGAUAUGGAGAUUCGAAAUGAAUAUACAAUGAUUUUUCCAGCUGUGACUAUUUGCAGUGCUCAUCCAUUGAGAAAGGAUAAAACAAAUGCAGCACUAUUGGCUUAUGCUAAACGUAUGGAAAUCAAUGUGACUCAGAUCGAUCUAGAAACAUUAGUUGAACCACUUAUUGUUGAUCUUUUCAAUCGUAAUCAAAGAAAUGAAUUAAUCGAUCUUGGAUUUCAAUUAUCAGAUAUAUUAAUUGAUUGUUCUUACAAUGGUAUUAACUGUUCAUCAUUCUUUACUCAUUCGUUAUCGUCACAAUUCGGCAAUUGUUAUACAUUUAAUUGGAAUGGUACAAUGAAGAAUUUGUUCACAAUUCAAAAUAUGAGUACGUUGAGUGUUGGAGUAGAAGGUUUAUCAAUGCAAUUUUAUAUUCCACGUGAAUCUUAUUAUCCAGUGUCAUGGCUUGGUUUGAGUAUACUUGGUGUUAUUGAAUUUGGUGAAGUCCUAUUUAAAAUGAUCGUUAAAUGUAUUGUUUUAAUAAAACGACAAGCAACAGCUAAACCGAAUCCUACGAUUAAUACUGUAGAAAGAGAGAGAGAAAAUAAAAGUGGAGAGACUAUUCGUGAAUCAAAUGAACUUAGAUUUUAG